CUCUAUCUAGGUAGAAAGUCAAAAUCGAAGCGGGCCGUAUCAUCUUUUAGUAUAAGUUCAAGUCAUCUCUCGAACAUCGAGGAAACCUAAGCAACCACUACCUACUCUACAUAUUCCCUCCCUACUCAACAUAUGUUACCAAUGCCGCUCCUCACCAUGUCGAAAGGGUACAACAGUGACGUGGAAGCCCUGCGUCAAAAAGAAUACCCGCAUAUGAAUGACGGGGUCUAUCUAGACCACAGCGGGGCGACUAUAUAUGCCAAAUCUACCAUUGAGUCGUUUUGCGCCAAAAUGGUCACCAACCUAUACGGAAAUCCACACUCGGAGAACUUCCCAGCCAAACUUUCCGGGGAUGUCGUUGAUCAGGUGCGGGAGAAGACGCUCAACUUCUUCGGCGCGGAUCCCGAGCACUUUGACCUGAUUUUCGUGGCGAAUGCUACCGCGGCUAUCAAACUUGUCGCGGACUCCUUUAGAGACCUCUCCGAGAAAACAAGUGACCGGAGGUUCUGGUACGGCUAUCACAAAGAUGCGCACACGAGCAUUGUGGGAGUGAGGGAAUUGACAUAUGGUCAAUCUUACUGCUUCCGAAGCGACCAGGAAGUGGAAAGGUGGCUGCGUUCCCCUGAGUCGUGUUUCGUCAACUGUUACCAUCCCGGCGGGUUGGGGCUCUUUGCUUACCCUGGGCAGUCCAACAUGUCCGGCAGGAGACUACCGCUCUCUUGGCCCGGAAUCCUGCGACAGUCAGAAUACUUACAGAACACCUACACCCUCCUUGACGCUGCCGCGCUAGCUAUGACAUAUCCUAUGGAAACCAUCUUUCGUGAUGUGGAUCAUGCGCCGGACUUCACCUGUUUGUCCCUAUACAAAAUCUUCGGCUUUCCAGAUAUUGGGGCUUUGAUUGUUCGAAAAGAAUCAGGACACAUUCUUACUCUCCGGAAGUAUUUUGGCGGAGGAACUGUGUCCAUGGUUGCGACAUUCGGCGAGAAUUGGCAUCGAUCAAAAGGCCUACAAGCACCCACUUACAAGCUUCACGAAGGCCUCGAGGACGGAACUCUUCCAUUCCACAGUAUUCUCGCCCUUGGAGAAGCGAUCGAUGUGCACAAGAAACUAUACGGGUCAAUGAGCAGGAUCUCCGAUCAUACGUCCUACCUCAUCUCUAGACUGUGUCGAGGCAUGGCUACUAUGCGCCAUUCCAACGGACGACCACUCUGCCGAAUCUACAACGAAAAUGGCAAUUUUGAUGAUUCGACAAAGCAAGGAUCUGCCAUUGCUUUCAACGUACUAAGGGCAAAUGGACAUCAUGUACCUUACUCUGAUGUCGAGCGUGCGGCCAAUUCUGCAGGCAUAUAUAUAAGAUCAGGAGGGGUCUGUAAUCCUGGCGGCAUCUUCACGGCGCUUGGAUAUGAACCGUGGAUGACUGAGCGCGCCCUAUCUGCCGGCCACCACUGUGGCUCACAUGGCAUAAGCAUCAUCCACAGACUUCCCACAGGAAUUGUUCGGGCCAGCCUUGGGGCCAUGUCGACUAAGCAGGAUGUAGACACAUUCCUCGAAUUCUUGCGGACGACAUUUCUUGAGGACGACGAGGAGUGGCCAGCCCCGUCCCGCACAACCGUUUUAUCUCCACGUUCCGAAGCCCUUGCCUUAGACCUUCCCGUCGAUUACACGACGAGUAACUUCCCCGACGUGCGGGAGGUCCCGCGCCCACGACCCAUGCCUCAUCACUUCUCGUCGGGCCCGGAAUCCGCUCCCAGAGUUACCCCGUUUGCGAUGAAUGACUUGAUCAACAACCUUGCCGCUGUCAAGUAAGCUGUUAGGGGCACAGCUAGCAACAGUGAUUUCCUAAAACGGCUUCUGUUUGCUUUGUUGGUGCUCCGAUGUCUGCUCGGCUCAUGUAUGAUCAAGUCAGGAGGUUGUAGAGCAACACACACUCACACUCGUUCAAGAGGAAAGACCGGUAUCACAAUGUAAUUCUUGAGGCAGAUCGGAUUUCUUUCUCCCUUUUCUGGCAUUGGAGUUGGUUUUCUUAUUAUAGCUAGGACGGGUGUGCACACCAUUCUGAUAAUGUUCCGGGUAAUAAAAGAAAAAGUGUAUUACAGGCAACGUUAUUAAUAGGCUUGCUGUUGGCUUCCUCUGAAAUUCAAGCAUCAUAUGUCCGACCCUCGUGCUCCCAGCAUACUACGGUAACACCGUAACCAAUACCACUACAUCUCCGACCUUCGAGUAUAGGUAGGGCGUUGGUUAUAGGGCUACGGGUUGAGCUUAUCCCACUCCAGCAAUUACGGAACACCUAUCCCGGUGAUUACCUGGGUAGAUGAUCAUUCGCUGAUACGUCUCAAUCACCGUUCCCUUCCUGGUAUAGCUACCCUAGCUAUAUAAACAAAUCGGAG